AUGGCGGAACAACCAAUAGAUAAAUCUCUUCGGAAAAUCAGAUUCAUAUUCAGAUACGCUGGCAUGAAUCUCGAGGAACGCCCGAGAACUUGGUGCCAGAGCUUCAUUUAUGUGGUAAACUUUCUGUGGAUAGCCACGGAUAUAAUCGGCGAAAUCAACUGGAUAUUUGAAGGAGUGAGCAAAGGGACAAGCUUCGUCGAACUGACCCAUGUAGCCCCUUGUCUCAGUUUGGGAACGAUGUCAGAGUUCAAAACUGCGUUUGUGGUCGCCCACGAGAAGAGCCUUUUUCGCCUCAUAGGCAACGUUAGAGAGAUGGAAAGAAAGAGGCUGGUGGGUCCAAUCGCGCAUAAACUUGUGAAGGAAGAGUCCAAGUUCCUGUACAACCUGGUGUUUGCGAUGAAGAUGGUCAAUUGGGUCCUAGUGGUUGUGUUCGACUUCGGCCCUUUGGUCUGGAUCGUAGUGAAGUAUUUUAUUUACGGGGAACUGGAGCUCCUUCUGCCUAUUAUUGACAUAUACCCAUUUGACUGCUACGACUUGAGGAUCUGGCCGUUUGCCUACAUUCAUCAGAUCUGGACUGCAUGGGUAGUGGUAACAGAGAUCCUUGGGGUAGACUGCCUUUUCUACAUCUGUUGUACGCACGUCAUGAUCCAGUUUAAGAUCUUGAGUCAUGAGGUUACUAACGUCAUAGCAGAGAGCAGGAGCGCAAAGCGGAUAGAAGUCACACAGCUUCGGGAAAAGUUUAAUGAGCUGGUUAAAUGGCAUCAGGAUAUAAUUAACUCUGCAGGCUUGCUCGAAGAUAUUUACUCAAAGUCGACCCUGGUCAAUUUCCUCACCAGCUCUCUUAUCAUUUGCUUAACUGGAUUCAACAUGACGGCAUUAGACAACGUGAGGAUGACGGUAGCCUUUGCCUUCUUCGUCGUGGCCAUGCUGCAGAUUUACUUCCUCUGCUUCUUUGGAAACAUGCUCAUGGAUGCCAGUACGGACGUGAGCACCGCAGUGUACAACAGCAGAUGGUAUCUCUCGGAUGCUGCCUUCGGGAAGUCUGCCCUCAUCAUGCAGAUCAGGGCGCAAAAGCCAUGCAUAGUGACCGCUGCUGGUUUUGCCGAAGUCAACUUGAGAGCUUUUAUGAAGAUUAUUAGCACGUCGUGGUCCUACUUCGCGCUCUUGAGAACAGUAUAUCAGGACAUCUAAGCGUUAAAUAUGUUGAACUCAUGUUGAGCACUGCUGUCAUACUUUGCACUUCUCCAAACUAUCUACAGUAGGCUCUUUUAACUUAAAUAAGUA